ACCGUUUCUCGACCUUUGCAGGUCGUUCUCUACUCGCUGCCUCCAUCUAAUAUCGUCUGGCGCUUCCACUCAUUUUUACCUCUUCCUCAUCAUGAAGUUGCAUGCUCUCGCCGCUCUUUUCGCUGCCCUAUCGACGGCAGCUCACGCCCAUACCCAACCUGAACAACGACAUGCUAAUCUCAAACGACAAGCUACCUCUUCAUCUUCAACAACUUCUGCAGUAUCUUCCACCUCGUCGGCAGCUUCAGCAGCAGCAACAGGCUCGUCGUCGUCGUUGUCGUCAAGUACAGGGACGGCAGUCGUCUCUGGCUCUGCCGUCUCAACAACAGCCGCAGCAGCAGCCAAUACCGAUGUUGCAGCCACAAUCCUCACAGAGUCGGCCACUGUCUCUGGUGUGCCAGCUCUGACUGCACUCACCUUUGGAAUGUCAUCGGGCACCAGCUUCGCUGCUACGACGACUUGGGCGACAACGGCAUCACCCCCAGUUUCAGGCGCUCCUUCCCUUCCAACACCAUUUGUUUACACUGCAGGUGUAUGGCCAACGCAGGACAAGGUCGCUCCUACCAAUUCCAGCGAAGUUCAAGCAUGGCUGAAGGAGCUCGAUGGCUGGGACAUCCCCGACCUCGAACCCACUACCGACGGCACUUGCGCCAGCGAUCUCGAGUUCUCUCAAGAUGCCGCUAACCGCGGCUGGUGGACUUGCGGCGCCCAUACCAGAGACACUGACAUCAUCAACUGUCCCGACAAGCUCACAUGGGGCGUUAGUUUCGAUGACGGUCCCGGUCCCUACACUCAGAAACUCCUCAACUACCUUCAAGAUGUGGAUCUUUCCGCAACCUUCUUUGUAGUGGGCUCUCGUGUCAUUGAACGUCCUGCUGUUCUCGUUGAAGAAUAUAUGAAUGGCCACGAAAUUUCUGUUCACACAUGGGCGCACCCGCACUUGACUACGUUGACUAACGAGCAAAUCGUUGCUGAGCUCGGCUGGACCCGCAAAGCGAUCAAGGAAGUCCUCGGUGUCACUCCUACGACCAUGCGUCCGCCAUACGGUGAUAUCGAUGACCGUGUCCGCGCCAUCUCCUUAGCAAUGGGUCUGACCCCCAUCAUCUGGACAACUGCCGGUGCCUUAGGAUCUUUUGACACUUUCGAUUGGGAGGUCGCUGCUGGAACGAAGACUGGCCCAGAGUGUGUGCAAGAAUUCGACAACAUUCUUGGAAACGCAUCUGUCAUUGAUACUGGGAUCAUCGUUCUUGAACAUGACUUGUAUGAGCUCACCGUCGACUUGGCUAUCGGCUAUAACCUAGAGACGGCACAAAACCACAAUCCUGCAUUCACAUUGAAACCCAUCGGUGAAUGUUACGGCAUACCCACAACGGAUUUAUACCGGGAAACAAAUACCAACGCCACUUUCCCAUUUCCUAACACAACUGCUGACAUUAAUGGAGAUGGCACCACCGAUAGCAGCACAAGCUCUGCCGCGAGUACUGGAAGCUCUAGCGGUGCGCUCACCAUCAACGUCGCAUCAAUAUACACCACCUUCUCUCUCGUAGGCCUUGUGGCUCUUGCGAGUACUUUGCUUUAGUUAAUUUUUGACCA